AAUGGGCAGUAGGAGUGGAUGAGCCUGAGCCGAGCAGGCAGUCUGUCUUCACAGGGAUCGCUCUUGUCGGAGGUGAUACCGUCCUCCGUCCUCCGCUUGCCAAACCCCCACUUCCGACCUGAAACCGGAGCCGGUGUCCGGAGCAGGAUGUAUCGAUCUGUUUGGUUGUAGUGCUCUCAGCGGAUCCUCCAUGCGUCAGCCCCGGGAAUGGAUCAGGAAUCCGGUGUGGCGUCUGCAGGGAGUUUCAUCUCCCUGAAUGAACAUGAGCAGAGAUAUUACUCAGGUCUCCACAGUCUGUGUCAGGCUGACACUUCAGGAAAACUGUCGUCCAGCAAAGUGGCGGAGCUGUUCAAGGCGUCUCAGCUACCUCCCGAAUCCCUGCAUAAAGUGACCGAGGUGUGUGGAGCAAAGCGGCUGGGUUACUUUGGUACACCUCAGUUCUACGUGGCCCUGAAGCUGCUCGCCGCCGCCCAGUCUGGUCUGCCCGUUCGCCUGGAGAGUGUAACGGCCAAUCUACCUCUGCCCAGAUUUGUUGGGCUGAAGAAUGAACCAGAGAUGCGAUACUCAACCAUCCCUCCCAGCGUAGAAGCUCCAGGGGCUCAGUGUGGGACUGCAUCUGGUUCUGUCUCCUGGACUCCAGCUGACAGGAGCACCUUCAGACACCUGGAGACCAGUGUAGAGAAGAAGGAGACUUGGUCCCCACCUCGAUCGCCCUGCACUUCACCGCCCCGCUCUCCGCUGACCUACCGGAGCUACCCGUACACCAAGCAGAGAAACGGAGCAGACUCACAGAUGACCUACGAAAGCAAACAGUCCUCACGGCCGGGCGCUCAGCUGGAGCAGCACUCCUCGCCCAAUAACUACGGGACCAAACCCACUGUGGAGCAUCCUGCUAUGGCUCGGGCUUCUUCAGCAGAGAGGCUGGCCCAGCAGGGUGCAGUGGACUAUUCUGACGAUGACCCCUGGAGGAUCACAGAGGAACAGCUGGAGUAUUAUACAAAUCAGUUCAAGAGCCUGCAGCCUGACUUGGGGGCUCUCAUCCUGGGAGCUGUUGCAAAAAACUUCUUCACAAAAUCCAAGCUCCCAAUACCAGAGCUCUCCCACAUUUGGGAGUUGAGUGAUGUGGAUAGAGAUGGAGCUCUCACUUUCUCUGAGUUCUGCACAGCCUUUCACUUGAUUGUGGCACGCAAGAAUGGUUACCCUCUCCCAGAGAGCCUUCCUCCAACCCUGCGGCCAGGGUUCAUGCAGCAGGAAGAGGAUAUACCGGAUACUCCUGAAAGUGCAGAGCCUCUUAUUGUCUUUGAGGAUGCUGAACCAAGGCCCGGUCAGAUGGAUCGAAGCAUUAUAGACAGGAUCCAACCAAGUUUGGAAGCAACAAAACAAGACGUGAAAGAAGAGUCUUGUAAACAAGAUGGAAGUUUGAAGAGGGUGACAACAUCUCAAGAGAAACAGACUCUACAACUUGGUGCUUUUCCUGAGAGGCCAGAGCCCCCUCAGGACCUGGACCCACAGAUGAGGACAAAAACUAGACCGAGGUCCUACUCCAGCACUUCAUUUGAAGAUGCAAUGAAGAAAGCAGAAGAGCCUCCGACCCCACCACCUCGGCCCCAGAAAACCCACUCCAGAGCUUCCUCACUGGACCUCAAUAAGCUGUUCCAGCAGGGCGUUCCAGGGAUAAAAAGCGGAUGGUUGCUGCCUCCUCCAGCCCUCCCUCCGAGACCAUCAACCUCACAGGUUUCUCAUUUUAUGAAUGCUUCAGAGAAACCUCCCGCGAAUAAAGUGCAGCAGCCAAACUUUGCUGACUUCAGUCGCUUUAGAGAAGAGGAGGAGAGCGGUGUAAAACCUGAAGAACAGGGUCCACGAUCUAGAUUUGGUCCAAGUACCGAAGACUUGACGAGUUCUUCAAAACAGGACAUGAUUGGCGUUUGCCACAGUCAGGCUCCUCAGAAACCAGUUCGCAGGAAGUACCUCCCAGAGAGCCAGAACCAGGAGACGGCACCUCCACCUGCCACGUCGUAUCCUCACCCCAGCAAACCUGCUCAAAAACUGCUGUCCAGACAGAAGAGGGAGAUCCAGAUGGCGAUCCGGAAGAACAAGGAAACCAACGCAGUGCUGACACGCCUCAACAGCGAGCUCCAGCAACAACUCAAGGUGGUUCACCGGGAGAGGGUCAGCCUGGAGUCCCAGCUGGACCUCCUGCGGCCCCUGGCCUUGACAUGACUGGGCCUCAAGUCUGGUUAGAGUCAUGUUACCAGUGCCUCACUGGAGUACGUCAGUGUCUCUAUCAAAUAACAGUGUUUGAGCCAGCAUACAGAAAGUUGCUGUUUUUUGUGAUGAAUACAAAAUAAAUGUAAAAGGGCUGAAGAUGGAAACAAAGGUGCAUCGUAGUUUGUCUGUAAGGAUGUGAUUAAGUCCCACGUCCAGAUGCAUUUUUUUUUUAUCACUGUCUGAUAUGCUCAUGUAAAAUAUCCUGUUAUUCGUUGUGAUGUUCUAACUUAUUUUUUCAGUUACUGUUAGUUUCUCCCAUAAAAUUGACCUUGCUUACAAUAUAUGUAACAGAUUUGUACAAAAAUAUUCCCAUGACUCUGAUUAUGUCCUGUGUUUGUAAUAAUUGGAACUAAAAUACAAAAAAAAUUCAUUUUGUUUUGUAUACACUGAAUUGUAUUCCAUGUGUAUCCACAUGGUCUAAAGCAAGCGAUGGUGCUACAGAUUAGUUUAUGGAUCUGAUUAUUUUUUGCACUUAAAUUUUCCAAAAUGCACAUCCAAAAUCCCGAUGAGGUAUGAAAUGAGUUUGAUUUAGCUGCUCACAUCCAGCCUGCACACAAAAUGUGAUUGUCUGUUGACACUGAAGAAUGUUGACACUGGAUUUGUAGAAAAAUAUGUACAUUUUACUUGAAAAUGGGCUCCAUCUUUAAUUUAAGUGCUGAUCUGAACUGCAGAAUUUUUUAAUCCCCUUAUGUUUGUUAUGAUGUGAAGUUGCAUCCUUGCUGCAUCCACACUGACAUAAGUUUGAAAAAAAAAUAAUCUCCAAGAACCAAACCAGUGUAAAUGGUCAAAAAAGAGAUGAGCACAAUAUCCUUCUAAUGUUCUACAAGAUAGAUUUCAAAACAGUUCCUGUCUGUGUAAGCAGAUGUGCUUUGGAUUUUAUCUAUGCAACGAUGCGGUGCUGCUCAAGCUUGCUUUAGACCAUUUUGUUCCCACACAUCUAGAUUGCUGAAUGAUGGUAAAUGAAUUGGUUGAAUUACAUGAUGGCAUGCUUGAUACUGCAUGUUUGCUAAAAUGAUGUGAGCAUUGGACUGUAAAUUAACCUGAAAUCAUGCACAACUGAGCUCUGAGCUGAAGACAGUAAUCAAACUAAACAAUAAAGUUGUCUAUUUUUUAUUGCUUGUUAUUAUUUUAUUGCAGCGGCGGUGUGAGAUAAGUCCAUCCUUUUUGUCAGGAAUUGAAAGAGACAUUGUCUUGCCCUUUUACUGGUGUGUAACAAUAUGAGGGUCGAACUGAGGAACGUGGAUGUGGAAACCACCUUAACUUCCUAAUAAACU